AUGUCUUUCACAGCAAAUCCCCGUGCCCCGAAACCUGAUUCCUACAACAUCCCCCAAGAGCCAACCGGGCCCAUCACUUCGGACUCUCUGGCGGCAGAAUCCAUCAAGAACCGUGGUGCCUUCUCUGAAAACAGCUCGGCUGUCCCCAUGGGCGUACAAGGCGACCAAUCCACGCUCAACACGACGGAUACAUCCGGGGCAACAACGCUGCCCCCGGCCGCGACAGGCACCGAGCGGGAGAAGAGAGAGGCCCUGGGCGCAGGAGCCGAUGUGAAGGGCGCUGCAGGCCUAAAGUACCCCGACGCUGCAGGGAGGGCACAGUUUGACGGCGUGCACAGCGACCAGGGUGCCUCUGCUGGCGGAGGAUCGAGUGCUUUCCAACAAGCUGGAAGCGGGACUGGAUACGGGGUUUCAACCGGUCAACCGGCCGGGGAGAGUGACUUUGGCGCUUCGACCAUGUCCUCGUCCGCCGGCGGUAUCGACCAAUCCCAAAUCCGUUCUGGCUCGGCGAACAUCAACGGCGGCGCUGGAAGGCCCCCCGCCGCGGGCACAGGUGUGCGUCCCCACGUCGACGCCGCGCCCGGAUACGUAUCCACGGUGACGGGCACCGCGAUGCCGGAGAACACAUUCAAAGCCAAAGGCGCAAACCUCGAGGACGCAGACGUCACGCACAGCAUGCCCCCGAGCAAGACAUUCACCGGCGCCAUCGGCACCGUCAACGACCCCGGCCGACUCGCGGAGCGUGAGUUUCUGGGGAGGAACGAGGACCCCAUUGGCGAGAUGGGCCAGGAGAGCCAGGCUGGCGAGCAGGGGGGCUUGUAUGAUGUCUUGCAGAACGAGAGGGCCUGA